AUGCCUGAAGGUGAUUUUAAGAGCAUUCUAGAGUUUUGUCACUCCCAUACAUGCGGAGGCCAUUUUGGAGCAAAGAAGACUGCCAACAAAGUGCUACAAUCAGUUGCUGUCAAUUAUGUUUCCAAAUGGGUGGAAGCCAUUGCCACUAGAACUAAUGAUGCUAAGGUGGUGAUCAGUUUUCUCAAAGGAAAUAUUUUAACAAGGUUUGGCACACCUAGAGCAAUCAUUAGUGAUGGUGGCUCCCACUUUGUUAACCAAGCUUUUGUAGCACUCUUGAAGAAAUAUGAAAUCACGCAUAAGGUGGCAACACCCAAUCAUCCUCAAACUAGUGGGCAGGUUGAGAUAAGCAAUAAGGAGAUUAAGCACAUACUUGAAAAGACAGUGAACACCACAAGGAAGGAUUGGUCCAUGCGUUUGGAUGAUGCACUGUGGGCUGAUAGGACUGCUUAUAAGACCCUUAUAUGUAUGUCUCUGUAUAAACUUGUUUUCGAUAAACCUUGUCACGUACCAGUGGAGCUUGAGCACAGGGCUUAUUGGGCAAUCAAGGCCUUCAAUUUUGAUAUGAAAGUUGCUGGUGAGAAGAGGAAGUUUCAACUGAAUGAGCUGGAGGAGUUGUGA